GAUGCAGCACAUGCAGAUACUGUUCCCAGCUGAAYGACUGUCAGAGAAUCAAACCAAAUAUAACUGAAGUUGUCUCCUAUCACUAAGGUAUUGCCGAAAUCCUAAUGAACCGACCCCAUGCAAGAAAUUCAUUGGGAAAAGUAUUUGUAAAUGAACUGUUCAGUGCUCUGGAACAUCUCCGCUUCGAUGAGAAGGUUCGUGUGGUGGUGUUCAAAAGUGAAGUUAAAGGUGUAUUUUGUGCUGGUGCAGACUUAAAAGAACGUGAGAAGAUGGAUGAUGCAGAAGUUGGUCUCUUUGUUAAAAGGCUGAGAAAUCUGAUGGAUGAAAUAGCUGCACUGCCUGUACCCACAAUUGCUGCAAUAGAUGGCUAUGCUUUGGGUGGUGGACUGGAACUAGCGCUGGCUUGUGACCUUCGAGUAGCAGCUUCAUCAGCUAAAAUGGGCCUUAUUGAAACCACUAGAGGCCUUCUUCCUGGAGCAGGUGGAACCCAGCGUUUGCCCAGAUGUAUUGGAGAAGCUCUUGCAAAAGAACUCAUUUUCACGGGUAGACAGAUUGAUGGACAACAGGCCUUCUCAAUGGGAUUAGUAAAUCACUCAGUGCCACAGAAUGACGAGGGUGAUGCAGCUUACCAGAGAGCGUUAACUUUGGCUAAAGAAAUCCUUCCUCAGGCUCCAAUUGCUGUGAAAAUGGGAAAACUGGCAAUAAACAGAGGAAUAGAGGUUGACAUCGCAUCAGGGAUGGCCAUUGAAGGGAUGUGUUAUGCCCAGAAUAUUCCCACAAGAGACCGUCAGGAAGGGAUGGCUGCCUUCAGGGAGAAAAGAGCACCCCGAUUUAUUGGCAAAUAACGCUUCCUGACUUCUUGAUUUUUCUUGAAGGUACCUUAGGAGAAAAGAGGAGCCACUAAUUUCUUGGAAUUAUUUUUAUAACAGCAUGUAUACUUAACUCUUUGCCAUGGACUGCAUUUCYGAGUACUCCACUGGAUCUUUUAUUGUUGGAAGUAUUCCUAAAUAACAAGAUUGAACUUUGUAAAGCUGAUCUUUUUAAAGAGGGUACACUUUUUUUCUUGUUGUUCUGAAUCCAGAAUAAAUUGACAAUAAGGAAACCAGGCCACCACAAAAUAAACAAAGGGUCUUGGUUCAUUAACUGACUCUUCCAUUAACUCCAGGAUGGCCUCCUGCAAAGGGCCUUGAAUCUACAGGUAUACCCGAUUCAUCUAGCUGCUGUCCUAGUCCUCACAGCUGCCAUUUAAUUCUCUUUCUGUGAGAGAUGACUGCUCAGGGCCAGCCCAGGCUUAUGCUAGCUAGAACAGUGUAACUGUGUUAAAUCCAUGAAAAUAAUCAUGGAUUAUUUCCAGUCCCCCAGCAGUGAUAAAUGCUGGAUUACCAACAGCUGCCCCAUGUUUGCUGCAACUGAAGGAAGGUAGAAUUCUGUUUAUAAACUUUGUAGGUACAGUGCAGACAGCGAUCUGGAGUCUAAACAUCAUCCAGCUUCCUUCCUCAAAAAACGGGCUGAAAUUAAGUUCCUGAAGGAGGCACUGUCUGUGCUCAGGUUUUCCAUAGUACAAUGUAUACUGAUUUUCUGGGGAUUAGAAUCACUUUUUUUUUUCCUUGAUAUUACAUAAAUACGGCAUUUCAUCUGCUUCAGGUGGCAAAAGAAACAGCCUUUAAAAYAAUCAUGGAUUUAUGAUUUAGAUAAAAAUCACCAUUUUAAAUUACAUUGCAGCUUUUUUGAUAGGGAAUACCAAGCUUUUCACUAUAUGGAGUAUACUGAUUGUGCCAGUAUGGUAUACUAAUUAUAUGGCUGCCUAUAAGCUAUAACAACCUUACUCAAGAGUAAAUAUAUUAGAUCCUUUAAAAAACAACAACAACAACAACAAAACCCUAAGUCUUAAGCUGGAUACAGAACAGCUGAAUGUUGUUGGUUGAGAUCUCAACAAAAUGUCAGCCAAAGAAAUUAAAGUUCACACCAAUAAUCUGUUAUGAAUUGAGAUUGUACACUCUUGAUGUGCACUAUACACUGAAAGCAUUUGAAAUAUGAAAUAUUACAACUACUGAUUCUAAGGCAAUUGUCUUGCAAUCAAAUCCCUUUGCCUGAAGUUAUCAGACAGUUACUUCAUGGGCUACAAAGGUUCCCCACAGGGAAAGAAAAGUCUUUCAAGCAAAGGGUUGCAGCUCUUAGUACAAAACUCUAAUUCGGCAAUUGAGGCGCUCAAACAGAUUCUCAAGACAGUGUUAUGAUACCCCGUGAUUCUUCCCUUUGUUAACAUAAAUUUAUCACAGCAGCUAAAAGGGUUAUAAAAGUUUCUGAGAGGAUGACAGCCUUUAAGUAAUGCCUUAGAUAAAAAGAACUAGACCUACACACACAAUGUAUCCAYGUCAGUAGGAAAAGAUGACUUGGAAGAGAAACCCACCUCAUGAUUUACGAAGAAAUGAAACCUUUCUAAGACAGUCUGCCCUUACUCUGGCAGGUAAUCUAUCCCACACAACAGAAUUAACACAAAGCAGUGGCCUUCCAUCUCCACAUUUAGUACAAACAGAGGAAAACACAAGAGCCAUCGCUCCAGUCAACUGAACUUCCAUGUUUGGUGUCAGUAGUUGACAGCACAGACUGACAACGCAGGCUCCUGCCCAGACGUGCCUGCUGUUUAAGGAUGGCCUGUCUGAGGCCUGGCACACAGUGCUGGGGCAGCGCUAGCACGAUGGCUGCUGCCCUCCCACCUGCACCUUUCACAGAAACACACGGCUCUGCUCACCAGCUGUGCACGUUUCCAAACACGUCAACAAACACAGAAUUCUCUCUUCCCAGCGAGUGUUUCCCUUUGGAGCCUGUCUAGAAGUUGAAGUUAUUUCCUCCCUGUUUGAGGCUCCCCAGCGCUGGGCCACGCUGCACGCUUGGGCAGUGGCAGGCCUCAAGGACACUAAGCGCUGAAGUUGGAGAAUUAACCAAUUAACAGUAAAUAAACCAGCUUACCAAAAAAUCCUUAUGAAAUAUAACUUCAUGUCACUUCAUGUGCUGCUAAGGCAAAACACAAGAACACUUGAUCACCACAGUAAUUCAGCUACACCUAAGACAUCUCCCUUAGCUGCAGCUAAGGUAACUUAAGCAGUUCUUUCAUUUACAAGAAGUUUCUUACAUAAAGAGCUGCAAAAGGAGAGCAGGGACAUUUAAGGCCUUUGGUCUUUGUGAAAACAUGACAAGUGCCACUGCAGAAAUACAAAAUAUACAGUUUAAAAACUGCUUCCAGAAGCAUCCGUGGACGGGAGUACUCUAAUGGCAGACACAAAUGAGGUGAAUUAUUUCAGUAGAUUUGCACCUUGUAGCCAUUCAGGCUUUUAAGUU